CUCGGGUAGAAGUUGAAGCGCACGAGGACGACACAAAUUCUAGCGGGCCAGAGGUGGUCGCGUUCAGUUUUGCUUCAUUCGCGUAAAUAAAGACGGUGGUGAAAGAACAGAAGGCGACAAAACAAACUGUACAAAAAAAAACGUCAAAGUCAAUUUUUCUUCGUUAAUACGUCAACAACGGAAAUCUGUGUAGGUUGCUCAAAGGUUAGUCAGCGUGUCUGUUAGCUAGUGAUUAGCGCGCAAUAGGUUCGGUCAGGAAACCUUGCUAUACAAGGAGUUGACAUUACUGAUUUAAAUUAGCAUUUGCUUCGUUGGUUUAGGAGUGAACAUUCAACUCUCGUAUGGAGCUAAUGUGCUACGAAAAUGGAGGAUUUGAUACGACCUCUGCCAGUGAAUCAGAUCCCAACAACCCUAACAUAAGGGCCUGCUGCGAUCCAGUUUUGACCAGAGAUAACCGAAUUUGGAAGAAUCUUAUCAUCUUAGAAAAGAUCAGUCAGACAUCAGAUUCUUUCUUCGGCUCUGUACAAACGGACAUCCAACCUUAUAUGCGACGAAUAUUAGCAGUGUGGAUGUUACAGGUUUGUGAAGAACAGAAAUGUGAAGAGGAGGUAUUCCCGCUGGCAAUUAACUAUCUGGACCGCUAUCUGAUGCAAUAUCCCAUUGAAAGAGGCAGCCUACAGCUCCUCGGAACCGUCUGUAUGUUUGUGGCUUCUAAACUGAGAGAAACUGUUCCACUCAGUGCGUCCAAGCUCUGCAUCUACACUGAUAAUGCUGUGUCAGUACCUCAACUCCUGCACUGGGAGAUGAUUUUGGUAUCCAGACUGGACUGGAACCUUGCCGUAGUUUUGCCCUCAGACUUUCUGGAGCCUAUUCUGGCAAGCCUACCCAUAAUUCCGCAUGAUCUCCAUGCUCUACGCAAGCAUACUCACUCUUACAUUGCUCUCGCUGCAACAGAGUUGAGGUUUUCGGUCUUCUUGCCCUCCGUCAUUGCUUGCUCCUGUGUCGCAGCUGCCAUUCGGAGAUUGAAGCUCUUGAGUGGCGGCCUGUCCUGUGACACUCUCCUGCAGCUGCUGGCCAACACCUUAGACACAGACCUGAAUGCACUCUGCAGCUCUUUUAAUCAGCUAGAAGAUGUUUUGGACCUCAGUUUGCCCUCCACGUCUUCAGGGAAGUCUCGGUCCGACUCCCCUAACUCAGAGGUCAGCUGCACGCCCACAGACAUCCAGGAUGUCAAGCUGUCUCCACUGGGUUAGAUCUUAAAUGUCGAUCACGGAGAGUUUUGUCAUUGCAUCUUUGGGUCACAUAUGCACCUGAAGCGACACUAUGCUUGUCAGCUGCAAUAAGUAGAGUUGCACACAGCGGAGAGACUGCUUACUAUGAGAUAUUUAUGAAAAACAAUAGGAAUGUAAAGAAAAAGGAGGAAAAAAAUAUAUAAUAGUGACAUGGAGAAACUGCGUUUAAUUAAUUUCCUGUUCUAUUAAAUCGUUUAAAUUGAGUUUGUGAUUUUGGUUUUGAUUUGGUUUAAUAUAGUUCUACCUACAGGUUUUAUUUUUACUGUGUGUGACAGUUCAGUACAUUGUAGCUUCACAUUAGACAGCUGGUCCUUAUUUGCUGCACAUUAGAUAACGUGUAUGAGAGGUGUCCCAGGGAACAUGUUCUCUGCAGAAGAUGAUCUUUGCUGAAGCAAAUAUUUGUAUUGUGGUUCAGCCUGUGCUGCAGGUAAACAUUUGAUCUUUCAAAAUGAACAUUAAUUCUUUCUGAAAUGCUGCUUUUCAAUGUUUGGUCUGUCAUGAUAUAUAUGUA